UCGGUGAUGUCCCUGGACUCCUCUCAUAGUAUCCCUUCCACUCGGAGGAUCCAAGCAAUUAAGCUGCUUCGCCUUCAAAUCCUUCAAUCCGCAGGUCCCUCCUCCAUUUGCAAAUGGCCAAUCCUUCCGCUCCUGUUUCAGGCGAAAAAGGACCCAUCACUCACGUCAUCUUCGACAUGGAUGGUCUUUUACUCGAUACGGAGAAAUUCUAUACUGAAGUUCAAGAAAUCAUACUUGCUAGAUACAAUAAAGCUUUUGAUUGGUCUCUCAAGGCAAAAAUGAUGGGGAAGAAGGCUAUAGAAUCAGCUCGGAUCUUUGUUGAGGAGACUGGGAUUAGUGACUCUCUUUCAGCUGAAGACUUUCUUGUGGAAAGGGAGGCCAUGCUGCAAAACCUAUUUCCAACAAGUGACCUGAUGCCAGGGGCAAGCCGUUUGAUCAAACAUCUCCAUGCAAAAGGAAUACCGAUUGCCGUGGCAACUGGCUCUCACAAGCGCCAUUUUGGUUUGAAAACACAAAGACACGGUGAGCUUUUCUCAUUGAUGCAUCAUAUUGUUCUUGGAGAUGAUCCAGAAGUUAAACAAGGCAAACCAUCACCAGAUGUAUUUCUAGCUGCAGCCAGGAGAUUCGAGGGUGGCCCAGUAGAUCCAAUGAAGAUUCUUGUUUUUGAAGAUGCACCUGCAGGUGUUCUUGCAGCCAAGACUGCUGGGAUGUCUGCGGUAAUGGUUCCAGAUCCGAGGCUGGAUAGCUCUCAUCAUGAAACUGCAGAUCAAGUUUUAAGUUCCCUGUUGGAUUUCAACCCAAGUUACUGGGGCUUGCCUCCUUUCGAGGGUGUGGAAAGCUGAAUGUGCAAAUUUAUUGGCGUCAUGGUUAGUGUACCAUGAAAGAGAAGCUACCUUUUAAAACUCCUCGAUCUUUUUGUCUAAUGAAAGGACAUCUAUUCUUCGGGCAAACAUUUAACAUAUUCUCAUUGAGGAUUAGCCAUAUACUAUAUAUCUUGAAAGUAAUAUUCAACUUUCAUUAUAUUGCUAUUGUUGCAAGGACAGAAAUCUACUUGACUAUUAGAGGCCCAUGUAACAAAUGAUUCAGAUUGAAUUUGCAGCAUAAUGGUUAGGGUUUCAUUGAAAUGCAAA